CGUGCGCAGACGCACUGCGAACGCCGGCUGAGCUAGGUCUUGCUGCUGGUUGCGCGGCGGCGGAUCGCGAGGCCUGGUGAGCACGGCCAAGGAUCUCGCCGGCUCUUCGAGGUUGUGUGCGCGAGGGGUACUGCGGCCGGCGAGCGAGCAAGCGGCUCACCACAGCAGUGGCACGGGGAUCGCCCGCCGUUAGCCUGAAAUCAUGACUACUCCGGGAAAAGAAAACUUUCGCCUGAAAAGUUACAAAAAUAAGUCCCUGAAUCCUGAUGAGAUGCGCAGGAGAAGGGAGGAAGAAGGACUGCAGUUACGCAAGCAGAAAAGAGAAGAGCAGUUAUUCAAGAGAAGAAAUGUUGCUACAGCAGAAGAAGAAACAGAAGAGGAAGUUAUGUCAGAUGGAGGCUUCCAUGAGGCUCAGAUUAAUAACAUGGAGAUGGCACCAGGUGGUGUUAUUACUUCCGACAUGAUCGAAAUGAUAUUUUCCAAUAGCCCAGAGCAACAGCUUUCAGCAACACAGAAAUUCAGGAAAUUGCUUUCAAAAGAACCUAAUCCUCCUAUUGAUGAAGUCAUCAGCACCCCGGGAGUAGUGGCCAGGUUUGUGGAGUUCCUCAAACGAAAAGAGAAUUGUACACUGCAGUUUGAAUCAGCUUGGGUAUUGACAAAUAUUGCUUCAGGAAAUUCUCUUCAGACCCGGAUUGUGAUUCAGGCAGGAGCUGUGCCUAUCUUCAUAGAGUUGCUCAGCUCAGAGUUUGAAGAUGUCCAGGAGCAGGCAGUCUGGGCUCUUGGCAACAUUGCUGGAGAUAGUACCAUGUGCAGGGACUAUGUGUUAGACUGCAAUAUUCUUCCCCCUCUUUUGCAGCUAUUUUCAAAGCAAAACUGCCUGACCAUGACCCGGAAUGCAGUAUGGGCUUUGUCUAAUCUCUGUAGAGGGAAAAGUCCACCUCCAGAAUUUGCAAAGGUUUCCCCCUGCCUGAAUGUGCUUUCCUGGUUGCUGUUUGUCAGUGACACUGAUGUACUGGCUGAUGCCUGCUGGGCCCUCUCAUAUCUAUCCGAUGGACCCAAUGAUAAAAUUCAAGCAGUCAUUGAUGCAGGAGUAUGUAGAAGGCUUGUGGAGCUGCUGAUGCAUAAUGAUUAUAAAGUGGUUUCUCCUGCUUUGCGGGCUGUGGGAAACAUUGUCACAGGUGAUGAUAUUCAGACCCAGGUAAUUUUGAAUUGCUCAGCUCUGCAGAGUUUAUUGCACUUGCUGAGUAGCCCAAAGGAAUCUAUCAAAAAGGAAGCAUGUUGGACAAUAUCGAAUAUCACAGCUGGAAAUAGGGCACAGAUCCAGACGGUGAUAGAUGCCAACAUUUUUCCAGCCCUCAUUAGUAUAUUACAAACUGCUGAGUUUCGGACAAGGAAAGAAGCAGCAUGGGCUAUCACAAAUGCAACUUCUGGAGGAUCAGCUGAACAGAUCAAGUACCUCGUAGAACUGGGUUGUAUCAAGCCACUCUGUGAUCUCCUCACAGUCAUGGACUCUAAGAUUGUACAGGUUGCCCUAAAUGGCUUGGAAAAUAUCCUGAGGCUUGGAGAACAAGAAGCCAAAAGAAACGGCACUGGCAUUAAUCCUUACUGUGCUUUGAUUGAAGAAGCUUAUGGUCUGGAUAAAAUUGAAUUCUUGCAGAGUCACGAAAACCAGGAGAUCUACCAGAAGGCCUUUGAUCUUAUUGAGCAUUACUUCGGGACGGAGGAUGAGGACAGCAGCAUCGCACCCCAGGUUGACCUUAGCCAGCAGCAGUACAUCUUCCAGCAGUGUGAGGCUCCUAUGGAAGGUUUCCAGCUUUGAAGCAACACUCUGCCGUCAUGUUCCUGUGUCAGACCAGGCUGCCCAGUCAAGUCCUCCUGUGGAGCCCACAGUCCUCAUGGAGCUAACUUCGCAAAUGUUUUCCAUAAUACUGUUUGCGCUCAUUUGCUUGCCUUGCGCACCUGCUCUCACACAUCUGGAAAACCUCUGGCUCUCUGUGGUGGAAUACCCUUCUAAGAAAAGGGUAACCAGAACGGCCCACUCUCUUAAGGAAAAUCCCUAGGCUUUGGAGAUCUGCACUUCUAUAUUAUAAGAGUCAUGGGAACAUACACAUAUUAAUGUGGCUCCCUUUUUUUGUGGGGGGAAAAGAGGACUCCUCCUCAUUCUCUUUAAAGUGGGAAAAAAUACUGACGUUAAAAGAUGAGACUAAACCUUUAUCUUGAAUUUCACACAACUACUUGCAACAAGGGAGAUGUUCAGCCCUGUUGUGUACACUUCAGAGUACUUUCCAUGAGUUCUUCCACAGUGAACCCUUGGAUUACCUGGUGGCUUUCUCGAGCCAAAUUUGCAUUAAUCCUUACUGAGAUUGGAUGGUUUUCUUUCCUCUAUUGGCGCCAUUCUUCACAGAUAUUAAAGUUAAACCAUCCAGUCCCUCACCUUCAGCCUUCAGUGAAUGUGCUUUUAGUUGUCAGGAAUGCUGAAGAAUUAACACUUUGAUUCUUAAAUGUGAUACUGGUUUGAAGAUUCCCUUAGAACAGAAAGGAGAGGGGCACAUAUUAAUUUGUACGGCUAGUGCUUCUCUUUGGUCUUAUGUGUCUUAGGAUUUGGAAGUGGUUCAGUUCUAAUGAAGAUUUAGAAUCCUUAGUUAUUGAAACAAAAAAGUAAAAAAACAAGACAAAAACCCCCGUGCAAUUUUUCCCAAACUUAACCAGUGUGACUAGAGGCUGUGUUUCUGCAUUAAAACAAAUGUUUCAGGCUUUGUGGUCCUGAUCAAGGUCCUCAUUAAACUGGGAGCUCACCCUAGGUGCUUUCCCCUCUGUGACUGGCAGGUAACACAUACUUUUAAAGGUUACUUAGGGAAUUUUUUUUUCUUCAUUGGGUGCAGCUUGAUUCCAAUGUAUUCAUGCUGCAUAUAUGAUCCCUUAAUGUAACAUCCUUAUCUUAAUAACCAUCUUCUCAACAUGACCUGUUUAACCCAAAUAAGGGCAGUGAUCUUUUUCUUAUAACCUCAUUGUUCCCUAAUCAUUUCAUCUCCUACUAGUAUUGCCCAGUCAAGUGCCCCCCCUACCCCCCCCCCGCCCCAUAAAAGCAGCUUCUACCUUCUGGAUCAUUUAAUGAUGACUGCAAUCCAUACCUGUAAGUGGCGCUUCCAGUACUGUCUUCAGUGAUCCACAUUUGUGCUUGGACUGGAACGAAAGACAUAAGCUUAAUUGCCAAGAGAACUGCAAUUGAACACACGACUUCUUGGUGCUCGUUGGCCAUCUUGACUCAGUGUUGGGACGGACACACUAUCAGAGAAGAUUUGUAUUUGUGGAUAUGCUAUUCAAAAUGAAUUCUGAAGGAAAAGUUGCUCACUUCUGUUUCAGCGAAUACCCUUUAAACGUACUUUAUAAUCUUGUCCUCUUCCUAGAAUUCAUUAAAACCCCAAAGUGUAACUAUUUGGAAGUUCCCCUGACAAGCUAUUAUACAUCUCUGGUAAAUCCUGCUGAAUGUCAGGGAUAUUCAGAGCUUUCAUACCUCAUGUCAUUUAAGCAGUCAUCCUGUGUGACCUGAUUUAAACUUUAAAAAAAUCCACUUCAUUUAAAGUAGAAAGAUACAAAGACAAAGGACAUUUAUCAGCCAAGCCUGUGACCCAGUCUUCGCAUCUAGCCUAUAGUUGUGUCUGUGCUCUGGAUGGAUACCGUCUGAUGUCUGUCUGUCAUUGAUGGAGCAGCCACUGCAAAACUAGUCACCUCCCAUCUAUAAUGUUACUUUUUCUAGUGCUGCUUUGUGCUGAAAGAACAUUUUAGUUUACUGCACUUGACCUGUAAAAGACUUUUGAUUCUUUGUAAUUUUAGGGACAAGUUAGGUGGUUAAUUUAAAGAAAAACUUUCAGUGUUACCUUUACAUCACAUUAAAAUAUAACUUCUUUCAGAAGGGUAAUAGAAGCACUGAUUCAUAGUAAAAAUCUUGUUUUUAGCUUUGACUUUUUUUUUGUGGCUGAGUUUUGUAAAAUUGUAAAUUACUGGUAAUACAUCAUUUCUCUAGGGUGUUUUAAAUUAUGUACCUUCUAUUGGGUAAUUUUAAAAAAUUUCAGUUCAUUUUGAUAAACCAAUUUGAAUGGAAAAAAUACAAAGCACACAAAGUCGUUUCCCCUAGUAAGAAUAGCUUACAUUGGGAAUUUUUGCUAGCAAAUGCAGGUGUAUCAAAUGAAUGAAUUAAAACAAAGUCCAUUCAACUGAUGUGGUCUAUUUUCUGUUUAAAACAGAGGUGUUUAUCUUGCUCCUGUCGUAGAAGUUCAUGAGCCACGAGUUACAAGCUAAUUUCUUUUUUAGAAUAAAAUGGGUUUUUUUAAAUAUAAAAAUUGGAAUUGACUAAAAGUUAAAUCCCAGCAUAAUUGUUGAGAACUGAUAAAGCAGCCUUUUUUGGUAAUAGAAAUGACAUUUUAGGAGAUAACUAAGUUCUGUUUUUAGUUCUCUGCCUGGCAGAUUAUUAAUUUACUUUCAAUUUAUUGAAUAACUUCAGAUGUUACUCAUUACAAAAGCAUGUUAAUUUCAACACAGGAAAACUCUUCUGCAGUUUCUAUACUGAUGAGGGGCAAAGUCGUUGAUUCCCUCCUCCCCCCUUUUCUCCUCCAAACUUUCAAAGUAUGUUCUUUGUAAUGAGAACUUCAGUGGGGAAAAAAAGCAUUGAGAGGAUUUGAGAUGUAAAGGCACCUUGUAUCUGAAGGACCAGGUGGAUAUGGUUAGAUUGGGAAAUACCGGGAAAGGUAAAAAAGAUAGAUAUAAAGAAUGGUGAGAUUCAGGAGACCGUUUUCCAUGGAACAUGUUAAUUCAUAUUCUUGUUGCUAAUUAGGACCCCUUUAAACUUAAAACCUUUGUCAGCUGUAUUGUUUUUGAAAACUCUCUUCCCCGAGGAUUGUUUCUUCCAUCUCCCAGAUAAAACUGAAUGGGCUCAGAGUUGUUUUCAUUAUUGUCAUAGAUACAAACAUUGACAAUUAUUCCAUAAUAAAUCUGAAUUAUUCCAGAUUGUUGCUGAUUUUGCCUAAGAAAAAAAUAUGUAGUAUAUUUUAUAAACCAAACUUUGUCAACUAAAUCCUAUUACACAUGUCCACCCGCAGGCAACUUUGAAUUUACUUCUCUAGUGCUAAAUAAACAUUUGUUAUUUAAUCCCCCAGUUUGGGGUUGUAUUAUGAAAGGGUUUUUCCUCAGGUUGAAGGAUUUCUUUUCUUUCUUGCUGAUUAGUUUUGUGAACAUUUUUAUAUCAACAGAUAAGUCAUAACUGUUUUAGGGUUGGGGCUUUUAUAUGUAUUAGAAAAUUGUGAUGUCUAAGGAUGAUGUUCAGCAAAGAAAAAGGAUCCCGUUUUAGAAAGGGGCAUUGUUUGCUUUUCAUAUUUAUAUGCCAUAUGCUACCUCCUACAUUCCAAAAUUUGCUCUUUUGCAGAGAUAGGUGUACCUACCUACACAUGGGUGUCUCAAAUCUGAAUUUUUUGCCACAUAAAAUUAACAGCCAUUUUCUUCUGUCGUGAGGUGAGCAAAGUAAAUAUAUUACCUACCCAGUUGGGAAAUACUUGGGGCUACCUUUUCCUAUCAUCAAAAGUUAAAGUUAUACAUAUAAAAAAAGUAAUUGAAUGCUACGUGUGCCACUAGUACAGUAAGUCUGCUCUAAGAUGGAAAAUAUAGCAUGCUUUAUUGUCAGAAAAGGAUAGGUAAUAACAGUGGGUACCAGGGCAUCAGAAGAAUGUAUGCUAAAAUGAAACAACAUAUGCUGAUUUUAAAAACAUAAAAUUGCUACUCGACAUAAAAUGUAUCUGGAUGUUUGGAGUAAGAAGAAAGUAUAAAGGGUAGAUGAAAUUCCAUUCUGUUUUCAACUAAGGGAGAUAAGUCCCACUGUGUUUUCCUAUAGGUCAAAUAAAGGUAACUUGUCUUUAUUUGA